AUGCCCGAGGUUUCAUUUGUUGAGAGCUUGGUCCAUGAGAAAACAGAUUAUGGUGGAUAUCAGUUAAAUGAGGUGCAUUGCUGGUUUUCUUUUCUCCGAGGUGUGCUCCACAUCCCUCUGCUUGAUCGAUAUGAGGUUAUCUUGCUUGGGCUUAGGGCUUGUGCACAUGGAUGGAUGGCACGGAAGGAGAAGAUCAGGUUUUUAUCAUCAAUUGCCCAAGUGCCAGCCAAUUCUUCUUUUGUUUAUCACUAUCAAGUGGUAUUUCAGUUCAGUGAUUUCGGUCAUGGUCUCCAUAGACAUGCUGCAACAGUGGCCAAGGCAGCAUAG